CCUGCAAAACUCAAGGGACCUGGAUUAGGGUGGAUGAGACCCCUCCCCCACUGGGAACAAGAAACCCACGAAUUCUCCAGAUGAGAGGCAGCCCCAGACCUGAAACCUUGAGGAUUGGGACCCCCUAAGCUUAGGUUCCUCUGUGAAACCCCUCAAUGAGCCCGACCCUCAGGGACCCGACCUCUGUGAAGUCCUGGGAUCAGGCACAGGCAGCCCGAAGACAAACCUUCAUUGUGCUGACAAGAUAAGCGAGGCCCCCUUCGCUCUCAGAGCUUCUGUCCUAGCGGGCCUGGAGAGAUGGCCAGUAAGCAGACCCUGAGACAAGGAAUUGCACGCAAAGAGUUUGUCUGGAAGGUGAUCCCAGGAAACACGCGUGGUGGAGCAGUGGGGAGGUGAGAUUGGAAAGAGACGAAGCCAGUGAACAUGAAUGAACGUGUGUUAAUGAGGUUGGAUGAGCAGCUCACUGUGGGCACCCAAACAAGAGGUAGAGGGUUUCCUCGGGCCUGGGAGAAGCCUUCAGGUAUGAGAGGGACGCAGGCACCAGGGACCCUGGGGGGCCCGGCUUCCGUGGUCGUGAAGGCGGGGACAGGGACCAGGACCCGGAGCGGCCGGAUUGGUCGAUCGGGCCCGAGGCGCGAUGGUCCCGCCCCCUGGUUGCCAGGGCCCAGCCUAUCCGCGUCCAGGUGGGCCUUGGUCGCCAGGUGGUUGUGUGUGGGGGGUGCUGGGCAGGUGUGUGUGCGCGGGUGGGGGGAGGCCGGGUCAGGGACCCCGAGGACUUCCCUUGAACCCCCUCCUGUGCGGUGUCUGAGGUCCUCAGGCGCAGCCGCGGUCACAAGCCUCCCCGGACCGCCGAGAAACCGCGCCUCCCCCCAACGCGCGCUCCUCCAUUCCCAGCGCGCUCCCGCCUCCUCCCGGGUCUGCAUCGCGCGCGCGCGCCCCUGUCUCCCCAGCCCGCGUUCGAGGGGCGGGCUCGGCUCCUGGCGCCGCCGCCCGAAGCCCCCUCCCCUCGCCUUCUCGGCGCUCUCGGCCUCCGCGGCGCUCGCACCCAGCCCCACCCCAGGCGACCCAGUGUGGAGCAGCGGGAGCCGGAGCCGGAGGUGCGGAAUGGACAAGAGGGACAAGGCCAGGGCAGGGGCCGCCGCGCGGACGCCGGCUUCUCGCCCUCCUGGCCUUCCGACUCCCAGGCCCCCAGGGUCUCCUCGACCCCCUCCUCCCGUAACCAGCGCGGCCCUCCGAGUUCUGGGGGCAGCGGGAGCUGUGGGGCGAGGGCCCCUGGCGGAGCGAGCCGGCAUCCGGGGAGCCGCUCUCCCCGAGGCUGCUCCCCGCGUGGGACCAGCGCGGAGCGCCGGGACAGGCCCCCGGAGCCCAGCUUCCAGGGCCCCCGCUGCUGGGAGAGGGGAGCGGACCCCUGCCAAGACCCCCGGCCCAGUCUCUGUCUCUAGCCCGGGGCGCACCAGCGGGACCACCAGGCUAGGCCCUCUUGGGCAGAAGGGCCUCCGGCCCCCAGCUGAGGAACCUGCGGCCAGAGGAAAAGCCCCAGAAACGCCUAGAAGGAGCGCCCUGAGCGCCGGGGCACGGAGAGACUCCUCUGGGUCCACCCCAGGCGCCCCUUCCCCGACCAUCUCCCGUCGGUCCCGGGCUGCGGGCGCUGAGGUGGGUCUCCCUCGGGCAGCUCCCAGUGCCCGGCCUCGGCCUCCCACCGAGGCCCCCAGGAAAUCAGUGAGCAGCGCCCUGGAGCGCAGCACCGCGGAGUCGAGCCCUGCCGUCAGGAGGCGACCCAACGCCGGCGGGGGACUCCAGAGGCCAGUCUCGCGCCCCCUGGGCUCCAGCGCCACCCCUCUGUCAUCCCCAGCCCGCUCCGGGGCCUCGCUGGGUGGAACACCGCGGGCUCUGGUGCAUCCCUUGCAACCCAAGACGAAAGGGCUGCAGGCUCUGCGCCCCCCACAGGCCACGCCCCCAAGGAGGGGCGUAGCCCCUGGGCAAGACCUUUCUCCUCCUCUGGCCACACCCACUCCAGCCUGUGCCACUGCACAACUGGCACCGCCUCCCCAUAUCACAGCCACGCCCCUCCCGGACGCGCUCCCUCUGUCUCCACCGACCACGCCCCCUUCCCAGGUCCUUACCAGUCCUUUGGCCACGCCCCUUCCACUAGCCCCUCCUUCUCCCUCUGCUCCACCCUCUCUGCAGACCCUCCCUUCCCCGCCGGCCACACCCCCUUUGCAAGCUCCACCCACACCCCUGGGUACAUCCUUUCCGGAGGCAUCUACCUCUGCCUUGGCCACGGCCACUGUUCAGGCUCCAUUCUCUCCAUCGGUUUCACCCCCUCUGCAGAGUAUGCCCCCUACUCAGGCUUCCCCUGCUUUGCCCCCUCUUCUGACUCUCCCCUCUCCCUCGGCCACACCUUCUUUCUCGGCUCCUCUACCACCAGCCGCGCCCCCUCUACAAACCUCUCUUUCUCAAGCAACAUCUUUGCGGAACCCUCCUUCUCCCCUAGCCACACCACCUCUGCAGGGGCUUUCCGCUCUGCCCACGCCCCCUCCGCGGGCCAGUCCUUCCCUCUCUCCGCCCCUUCUUCGGGCCACGCCCCAUACAUUGGCCACACCUCCCAUACAGGACUCUCCGCAGGCUUCUCCCUCUUCUCUGACCACACUCUCUCUGCAGUGUCCUCCUCCUCUAGGCUCUCCAUCUCCCUUGGCAUCACCACCUCCCUCUCCUCUGUCCACGCCCCCCCUACAGGCCACUCCCUCCCCUCUGACCCUUCCCCCUAUACAGGCCUCACCUUCCCUGGCCUUGCCACCUCUGCAGGCCCCGCCCUCUCCAUUGGCCAUGCCCCUUCCACACUCUCCACCUUCUCGGACCACGCCCCCUCUACAGGCCACUCCCUCUCCUCUGACCCUGGCCCCUAUACAGGCCCCACCUUCUCUGACCUUACCGCCUCUGCAGGCCACACCCUCUCCUCAGGCCAUGUCCCCUCCGCAGGCUCCACCUUCUCUGGCAUCUCCCCCUCUGAAGACCAUGCCUUCUUACCUGGCUAUGCCCCCUUUGCAAACCCAACCCUCUGUGGCCUCCGCCGGUCUGCGAGACCCUCUGUCUCCCCUGGCCACGCCCCCUCCACAGGCUCCAUCUUCUCUAGCCUCGCCACCCUUGCAGGCCCCUCCCUCUCCCCCUGCCUCACCCCCUCUGCAAGCCCCCCCCUCUCCCCUGGCCACACCCCCUCCGCAGGCUCCUCCUUCUCUGGCCUUGCCCCCUCUGCAAGCCCCACCUUCUCCUGCCUCACUCCCUCUGCAAGACCCUCGCUCUUCCAUGGCCACGCCCCCGCCGCAGGCUCCACCUUCCCUGGCUUUGCCUCCUCUGCAGGCCCCGCCCUCUCCCCCCGCCUCACCCCCUCUGCAGGCCCUUCGCCGUCCCCCGACCCCAGGCCCCGAUGCCCCUCUCCCGGGCCCACGGCUGACCCUGGCGCUGGCCCCGGGCCCACCGCCGCCGCCCUCGCGCAGCCCGUCCAGUACGCUGAGCGGCCCGGACCUCGCGGGCCACAGCAGCAGCGCCACGAGCACGCCCGAGGAGCUGCGCGGCUACGACAGCGGGCCCGAGGGCGGCGCCGCGGCCUCCCCGCCCGCCGACGCGGAGCUCGCCGCCUGCCACCCGGCCGCCUGGAGCCGAGGGCCCGCUCCGCCCCUGGCCGUCCGCGGUACACAAGGAGCGCCCCUGCCUUGGCCUCCUGCUACCGGGUCGGGCUCCGCCGACGGCCUGUGCACCAUCUACGAGGCUGAAGGGCCCGAGUCGGCGACCCCCGCCCCAGGCGCCCUGGACGCGGGGCCGGGGCCUGGCGCCGGGGGUGGGAAGGCGGGGGCGGGGCCGGGGGCCGGGGCUGCCUCUCGGGGCGCAAAGCCGGCGCGCCUGGGCGAGCUGCCGCUGGGGGCGCUGCAGGCGAGCGUCGUGCAGCACCUGCUGAGCCGGACGCUGCUGCUGGCGGCCGCCGAGGGCGCCGCGGGAGGCAGCGGCGGUGGCCCAGGGGGCGCCGGGGCUGGCGGCGUCGCGGGGGGCGCCCGGACGGCUCUCAGCGACGCCGAACUGGGCCGCUGGGCCGAACUGUUGUCUCCCCUGGACGAGUCCCGUGCCAGCAUCACCUCGGUCACCAGCUUCUCCCCUGACGAUGUGGCUUCCCCGCAGGGUGACUGGACCGUGGUAGAGGUGGAGACCUUCCACUGAGCCAGAGCCUAGCCCCGCCCACCGCACCCACCCCUGGCUUAGGGCCCGCCCCUCCGGUUACGCCUGUCUUAGACCCCUCUCCCCUCCUGGAGUUUGGCUCCGGGGUGAUCGCUCUCAGCCCCCUGGAGCCCUAGACUUUUGGCCCAGGCUCGCGACCCUCCCACACCGUUGACCUCGGUCCUCCCCUCGAGCCCCGCCCCCUCGGCUUAGGCCCCGCCCCAUGUCCAGUAUAGUGUCCACCACGCACGCCCGAGUUUGCAAUAAAGCUGGGACACUGCAGCCUGUGCGUCCUCGCCGUUGCCGCGGGGACCGGGACUGUGGGGCCUCCCGGGGGCCGAGCAGAGGGCAGGGCGGCGCAAGGGGAAAAGCACAGGCAGCGUUGGCGGCUAUGCGCGAGCAGAUCGUAGCUGUGGCUGCAGGCCUUUCCGCACGCCCGGCCGUGCGGCUUCUCCACUGAGGAUGGGGCGCGUGAGGUGGAGCUGGGGUGGGACCGAGCGCUGCCGAAUCUCCGUGCGUGAACGUGGGCGUUUUCACGUCCUGCUUCUGGUGGAAACGUUAGGCGCAGGAGGGGCUCCCCGUGGGGCUGCGUGACCGAGUGGACAAACGACCGAAGCUUUUCCCACACUGGGCCAGGGGAGUCGGCGCUCCUGGAGGCAGGGGGAAGGCACGUGGGGAGGGCUCGCUUGAGUCGGAAGCGAGGGUGGGGACCCUUCCUGAGGUCCCUCCUCACGGAGUGCACCCCCCC